AUGACUGGCGGAGAAUCGCAGAUUUUGAAGAUUUGUGGGACUUUCCACAUUGCAUUGGGGCAAUUGACGGAAAGCAUGCGAAGUGAUGGAGGCAUCUUUCGUGAAAGUCAGUUAGGUCAACAUCUUGAGGCAGGGCAAAUGAAUAUCCCACAACCGGAUAGUUUUUAUAGAGGAGGACCAUUGUUGCCUUACUGCAUUGUCGGGGAUGAAGCAUUUCCAUUGAAGUCAUAUUUGCUACGGCCAUUCUUCGGCAAAGAUAACUUGUCAGCCGAACAGUGCAUUUAUAAUUAUAGACUCAGUAGAGCCAGGCGAGUGAUAGAGAACUGUUUCGGAAUACUUGUUAGCCAGUGGCGAAUUUAUCGAAAAUCGAUUAUUAGCAGCGUGGAAACUACUAUGAAGAUUGUGCAAGCUACAAUCUGUCUCCAUAACUGGCUUCGCAAGAGUGACAUCGAGCAAACCAAUAACAUUUUACCAGAUAUGCUGGACAGAGAAACGACAGAAGAUGAUUACAUAUGA